AUGUCUUCGUCGAAGAAGAGGAAAGCGAGGGAAACCCUAGACCUAACCCUUAUUGAGAAGUGGAAAAGCAAAAUUAAAUCACUGGAGAAGCUGGAUCCAAGUGAGUUCGAUCCCGAACAAGUGUCUUGGUGGAAGAAAGCGGAGAAAUAUUUGCUGGCUACUGUUUAUCUUGCUUCGGAUGAGAUUCAUGAAGAUGCAAAAUUGAGAAUUGAUGUUGCUUUCUUGAUCAAAGUAGUCUCCGAAAUUUCUGGUGUUGAUGUGGAGACUGUACAUGAGCGGCUUAAGGAAACAGCAGAAGGUGGCAGAGUCACGAUGAAUGAUCAAUUGACUUCACAUCUUCUGGCAACAACAGACUGCGAAGCUGAGUUCUUAACUCGUCUACUUCUGAGCGAUUUGGGGUUAGGCUUCUCACGUUUCUCUGUCCUAACUACCUUGGGACAUGCCGCUGUAUAUAAUGAAGAGCACUCAAAGCCACCCGCAUAUAUCGAGGAUCCUUUCAAAGAGGCUGGGAACAUUGUAUGGAAAGUAUUCUCUCUGCUUCCUGUCUUUGACAUUAUUGUCCGUGCCCUUCUAACUGGUGGUGUUUGGAAUCUUCUCAACGCCUGCAACAUGAAUAUCCAGUCAAAAGUGUGGGCGAGAUUGUGGAAAUAUUCAAGGACACAUCUUUCACAUGCGAAUUCAAAUAUGAUGGACAACAUGCAGAGAUACAUUACAUGGAGGAUGGUGCAUACGAGAUAUUCUGUAGAGGCGCUGAAAGAAAAGCCGUCAUGUUCACCGAUAUUUUAUCAAGAAUCGAAGCCCUCCCUGAAAUCUUGUAUUCUGGAUUGCGUGAUUGUCCCUUUCGACAUUGCCGGAAUGAAAAUUAUUCCGUUGGAUCAGAUUCGCAAGAAUUUGAGAACUCAAGCCACUCAAAACGUGAAAGUCCCUGAUCCCAAGUUUGACGUAUGCAUCUUUGCUUUUGACAUGUUAUAUCUAAAUGGCCAAUUACUUAUCCAGGAGAGCCUUAAUAUUCGCCGAGAGGUGAGCCAUAUCAGUAACUCAUAG